AUGAGGACCGUAACCUCAGCCAGUGGGCAGGAGGAAGCUGUGGCCGUGAGGAGGAGUGAAUCAGUGGAUGCUCAGAUGAUCGACAGCCUCAUCAGCUCCCAAACUCUGCAGCUUUUUGGAAGAGUCAACAUAAUACAUCUUCUAGAGAAAGCAAAUCUGGCCGUGACUCUGGCCAAUGAAAAGGAGGAGAUCCUGGCCCACGCUUCCUUCUUCGACCACCCUGUUGGAGACUUGGUGGAUCAGACUCUCUGGGAACCUUUCCUGCAGAAACACUUCAGGGCUGAAAAAUGCACACCUUGGAACACUCUCUUCCUCCACCUUUUUGUGUCACAGCCGGAUUUCUCUGCAGCAAGCUUAAAGGAAAUAAUGAGGGCCGUCUUUAAUGCGGUUGCAGAGCUUGAUUACAUCUGCCUGGUCAGCCCUCAUGUUGGUGUUUUAGAGGCGGCGCUGAAGGACACGUUUGAGCCGCUGCAGCGCCUGACUGACCCGGGCCCCGAGUGCUUAGCCUUAAUCUGCCACAGACAAGAGCACAGUCCCAGGCUUCAGAUCCGCACAGCCAGGGUGGAAGAUCAUGAUGACAUCGUGCCGUUGUUUGCAGAACAGACAAAGCAGCUGUCUGCAGAGCGUCCAUACUACCUGGCAGACCUCAUUGAGGCACAGAAUGAGAAAAAUCACACCGUUGUUUGUGAGAGUGGCAGAGUCACCAUCGGCUUCAUCAGCCUCACUUCGGAUGUGGAUGUGAAGUGUUUGAACCUCAACUUUGAUUUAAGAGAGUUUAGUGGUUUGUAUAAAAAACAGCAGACAGAAGACGAUGGACCCGACGCUCAGGCUGACGUAGAAGGUGAAGAGAAAACAACAGAGAUCCAAACAUCUGAUCCACAGCAGCAGGAGGAGACACAGUCGACUGGACGUGUCUCAGAGAAAUCCAACGCUUUCUGUAUUCAUUGCUUUGCCAUCGACAAGAAGUAUGAAAUGAGAUCAGCGGACUGUAUUCCAUAUAUAUUCAACCUCUUCCCUGACCUGGACUUCUGCAUCAUCACCGUACCCACACUGUCCCCUGAGUUCCCGUUGCUGCAGAGCUUCCACAGAGUGACCCGCCUUCCCACCAGCUCGCUGCAAAAUGAACUCUACAUCUUCCACCGCGACGAGCUCGGGAGUGUUGAGGUGAGGCAGGCCGUGGCUGCAGACCAAGCGGCUGUCUGUGACCUGGUGGAAGGUCUGAGACUGAGUGAGACGCUGCUGCAGGAUCUGGACUUCUUCUACGAGACCCGCCGGGAUCCGAGCGGGGCGGCGCUGCAGGCCUUUGUGGCCCAGGUGAACGGUCAGGUGGUGGGGAUUCUGAUCAUCAGAGAUGAACAGGACAUCGAGUACAUUCGAGCCCGCUACAACAUCGAGAGCUUCAUCUACUUCAGCCACCACCGCUACGAGGAGCACGCUCAGAUCCUCCAUUUUGUCCUCAAACCCUCCUUCCAGCGUUUCUCCAAACACUUGUUUAAGGAGGUCCUCCGGCUGGCUCACAGAUCCUGCCUGUACCUCCGGAUCUACCCCUCCGACCAAAGCCAGGAGAAUUCUUGCGUCCACCAUCUGGAUUGGGUCCUCGACUGUGCUGUCCCGGUCCGGCCGCGACGCCAGAUCAUCUACCCGCUGGAGGAGCUUGGCAUCAACGGCCCUUCCAGGCGGAUCACGGAGAACCAGGUGGGCACGGCGGCAGCUGGCUGA